AUUAAGUCAGUUUUUGUCAUUUUGCGUUUUAGUACGAAAGUCCCAGCUAAAUACACAUAAAUAAAUGUGAAGUCUUCUUACCUAUCAGUUUUCUAUCUGCAAUCGUAAAUAUCUUAAUUCAUAUUAAAAGUAAUAUUUGUUUUAUAAGUUGUAGCGUUAUAUUUUUUUUUAAGUGGAAGUAUCGAUCAAUGGCAAUUAUAAUUAUUGUUGCCAAUGGAACACUUCUCGAAAACGAAACUACAUCAUUAGAAUAGAUAAUGAGUCAACAUAAAUUUUGGAAAGGCUUAACACCUUUAGAAAUUAAUUCUUCAUCACAAGUACCUGAAAAAAUUGUGAAGUUAUGUUCCCUUGGCACUGAUUUCAUUGUCUUAGGGAACGACCAUGGCCUUUAUCACUGCAGCAUUGAAGAAGGCCGAAUGGAAUUUAGUCGAAUUAAUGGAAUCACUGCGAUAGAUAUAUCAUAUCAUGAUGAAAUUCUUUAUAUAAUUGAUGUACAUGGCCGCCUAUACAAAACAAACAAUAGCUUUAAUAACAAAGAAGAAAUUGUGGUCAAAGAAGAUGCGAAGUGCUGCCCACACGGUUUCAAAAGCUCUAGCUACAAAGUCAAGUUCAGAAAUGUAGUGACAAGUGAUUUUGGACAACUUUUUAUCAGUAGUGAUGGGCAACUGUGGGGGUCAGGUGUUAUGCCCCAAAUAUCUUUAGAUACUAGUAGUAUUAAGAAAGUGCCAUUUUUUGAAGGGAGGACAGUAUACAGUGCAUCAGUAGGGCAGGAUUUUGCAGCUGUUAUAGCCAGAAAGAAUGUUAAAAGGUCAGGUAAUUACGACACAGAGAGUGACAAUGAGGAUGAAGAGGUUUUUGCAUCAAACUGCUCACAAUGUCAGACAAUAAUAGGCCUAGCUUCCCCAGCAUCUGUGCCGUCCUUAUCAGAAACAUGUCCCCUUGGAGUCCAAAUAAGCAAGUCCAGUGAUGACUCCAGCAGCACCACUGCCCCACAGACGGAUGUCCAUGUUGAUGCUCAUAGCUUUACUGAAGAUUCAAGUCCUUCAUCUGAAGAAUCUAAGGUGGCACCUGAUAAUGUUUCAAAAAAAUCUAUUGUGGAAUUAGAUGUUCAGCAGAAUAAUAUUAUUGAAUUGGAGGAAAGUGCAGGAGUAGAAACAGAAGCUCAUUGUUAUGUUCGAAAUAACAAUUAA